GUUGCCGGGCGGGCCAUCUUGGCCGUCGAGGAAAUGAUCCGGGGUGCAAUACCUGCUGCUUCGGUUGGUGAGGCGGGGAGCGGCACUAGGGUAUCUGCGCCUACUUCUGCCGAGGUCCGUAGGGAGGGGUCGAACUCCGGGCUCCCUACCCCUGGUCCGGUGCCGAAGCUGAAGCGGCGGUACCUUGCGUAUCGCUAUGCGCAAGAGGGCGCGCCCAUGCGGCUGGAGCUCUUGAGUGCGUCGGAGGAGGUCGACUCUCUGUGGAGCGCCGCGGUGACUCCGGAGAAGUUUUUCCCGAAGGGGUCGUUGAGCACGGCUGAUCAGGCGAUGAUCGAGUCGGCCGGGCCAAUGGGAAGUUUUGAUGCCGCCCAGAUCUUCCUUCAGCGAGGAACGACCAUUGUGGAUUACUAGAAACACAAGUGGUCGAGGCAGCAGGAGGACAUGGCGAAGUUGAGGAGCCUUAUUCAGCCUCUGAAGGAUGAGAAUAAAGUCCUGAAGGAGGAUAACGGGGUUCUGACCGCCGCCCUUGGUGAAGCGAAGAUGCAGGGGGCCGAGCUCCAGACGGCGAGGGGGGGCCUCACCAGGGCCCAGAAGUCCUUGGAGAUCGCCCUUCGCUCUAACGAAGAGUAUGCUUCUCUGGUGGGUGAGUUGCAGGGGCUGGUUACCUCGACCCGGGGUGAG